AUGUGGUUGCUCGGCACCGCACGGGCGAAUCUCGUUUUCUUCCCCCGUCCUGAGGACGUACCCGACGGAUAUGCAAUUCUGUCCCACACAUGGCUUUCUGAAGAACAAGAAGACACUUUCAAGAAGCCACCUCGGCCAUCUCUCCCCUCGUCACCGCCAUGGUUCAAUCCUCGCGAUCGUCUAUCAUCCAAGGUACGCGUGUUCCUCGAGCACGCGGAGAAUGCCGACUACAAAUACGCCUGGGUCGAUACCUGCUGCAUCGACAAGACGAGCAGUGCCGAGCUCACUGAAGCUAUCAACUCCAUGUUCCGGUACUACGCUCUUUCUGGCGUUUGCAUGGUAUACCUCUGCGAUGUCUCCACUCAGGCUCUGGCAAAUGUUUUCAGGCGUAGCCUUUGGCACCAUCGCGGUUGGACACUCCAAGAGCUUCUUGCGUCACGUGUCAUCGUCUUCUUCUCCAGUGAAUGGACACCCCUAGGCACUAAGUACGAGCUCGCCGAUGUCCUCAGCAACGUUACUGGCAUCCCCGUCGGUGUCCUCCGCUUUGAGACUCCAAUAACGGACGUCAGCAUCGCGGCACGGCUGUCCUGGGCGUCGAAGCGGAGUACAACGAGGCCAGAAGACAAAGCGUACUGCCUAUUCGGAAUUUUCGGUGUCAACAUGCCGACGCUGUACGGGGAAGGCGACAACGCGUUCUACCGGCUGUUGGAGGAAUUGAUGAAGACGUCUCGUGAUGCCUCGCACUUCCUUUCCGGC